CUGAUGGCUGUCCCUGCAGGGCUGCCUUCCCUCACUGACCUUGUCCCCAGACUGUUCCCUGAGCUGUGGGGCAUUUUCUCUGCAGAGCACAAGGAUGGACAGACCACUGCCUCAGCCUUGGCAGAUGAGCAGCUGGGUCCCAGAAUGGAUAAGUGACUGGCCCAGCAUCCCACAGCUGCAGGGAGGACAGAGCUGGGCCUGGUACAGCCAGGUGGCCGUCUCGGCAGGGGUUGAGCUACCCUCAUGGAAGGGAGAGGACCCUACCGGAUCUACGACCCAGGGGGCAGCACGCCUCUGGGAGAGGCAUCAGCAGCUUUUGAACGCCUAGUGGUGGAGAAUACCCGGCUGAAGGGGAAAAUACAAGGGAUAAAGACGUUAGGGGAGCUUCUGGAGGAGUCUCAGAUGGAAGCGUCCAGGCUCCGACAGAAAGUCGAGGAACUGGUCAAGGACAGUGAGCUGCCUCCACCACCUCCUGCCCCUUCCUUGGGCUCCUUUGAUCCCCUGGCUGAGCUCACAGGACAGGAUACACAGGUCCAGGUAGAUCCUAAUGCCACCACUACCACCACCACCACUACCACCACCACCGAAAACUCCAUGGAGAAGCCAGCACCAGCCUCCAAGCCUCCGUCCAAUGGCGCCUCCUCUGACUUUGAAGUGGUCCCCACUGAGGAGCAGAACUCCCCACCCAAAACCGGCAGCCACCAAAGGAACGUGAUGGAGCUGGGGUCCCCACCCCCGGAGGACGGCAAUCUCAUGCUCCACCUGCAGCGCCUGGAGACCACCCUGAGCGUGUGUGCCGAGGAGCCCGACCACAGCCAGCUCUUCACCCACCUGGGCCGCAUGGCCCUCGAGUUCAACAGGUUGGCCUCCAAGGUGCAUAAAAAUGAGCAACGCACGUCCAUCCUGCAGACCUUGUGCGAGCAGCUGCGCCAGGAGAAUGAGGUCCUGAAGGCCAAGCUGGACAAGGGCCUGGAACAGCGGGAUCAGGCUGCUGAGAGGCUGCGGGAGGAAAACAUGGAGCUCAAGAAACGGUUGAUGAACAGCAGCUGCAAGGAGGGCCUCUGUGGGCAGCCCAGCUCCCCAAAGGCGGAGGGUGCUGGCAAGAAGGGCCUGGCCGGACAGCAGCAGGCCAGUGCGAUGGCAGGUAAAGUCCCCGAGGUGGGGGUCUUGGGCACAGCCGAGAAGAAGGUGAAGAUGCUGGAGCAGCAGCGCAUGGAGCUGCUGGAAGUGAACAAGCAGUGGGACCAGCAUUUCCGGUCCAUGAAGCAGCAGUAUGAGCAGAAGAUCACGGAGCUCCGCCAGAAGCUGGCGGACCUGCAGAAGCAGGUGACUGAGCUGGAGGCCGAGCGGGAGCAGAAGCAGCGGGACUUUGACCAGAAACUCCUCCUGGCCAAGUCGAAGAUCGAGAUGGAGGAGGCAAGUGUGACCAGGCUCGCAGGCUGUGAGGUUCCAGAGUCCCUGGGACCAGUGAGCCAAGGACAGAGCCAGACUGGCAAGGAGCAGCUGGCCGUGGAGGCCAAGGAAUUACGCCAGAAGGUCAAGUACCUGCAGGACCAGCUGAGCCCACUCACCCGGCAUCGAGAGUACCAGGAAAAGGAGAUCCAGCGGCUCAAUAAGGCCCUGGAGGAGGCCCUCAGCAUCCAGGCCUCGCCAUCCUCUCCACCUCCAGCUUUUGGGAGCCCAGAAGGGGCUGGGGGCCACCUGAGGAAGCAGGAGCUAGUGACUCAAAAUGAGCUGCUGAAACAGCAGGUCAAGAUCUUUGAGGAGGACUUCCAGAGGGAACGGAGUGACCGUGAGCGCAUGAAUGAAGAGAAGGAAGAGCUGAAGAAGCAGGUGGAGAAGCUACAGGCUCAGGUCACCCUGACCAAUGUCCAGCUCAAAGCACUCAAAGAUGAGGAGAAGGCCAGAGAAGCCCUCAAACAGCAGAAGAGGAAAGCGAAGGCCUCGGGAGAGCGCUACCACGUGGAACCCCACCCUGAGCACCUCUGCGGGGCCUACCCCUAUGUCUACCCUCCCAUGACAGCAGCCAUGGUGCCCCAGCACGCCUACAAGGACUGGACCCAGAUCCGCUACCCUCCGCCCCCCAUGCCCAUGGAACACCCGCCCCCACUCCCCAGCUCUCGCCUCUUCGUUAUGCCGGAGUACCCCUGGCGUCCACCCUGUGCAGGGAUCCAGAAUCCAACCUCCCAAGUGAUGGACCCGCCCCCCGACAGGCCUUCAGAAGCAGAGUCUGCAAAAAGUGGCUGUGAGGGACCUCAGUGAGACUGCAUUGGGUCAUUUGGCUCCACCUUCAUCUUGCAGAGCCAGCUGACCUCAGAUUGCCGAGAAACUAGAGGCCAUGUGCAUGUUCUGUGUGGCCCAAGCCUUGACUGAGCAGAGGCUGGGAUGAGCAGGCGGCCCACGUCACAAGCCCCACCUCGAACUGUUUACAAGACUAGGGAGACUCCACCCGGGAGGUCUCUACCAGUUCUUCUGGAUGCUGCCUCUUGCCAAGACAAGGGGGCCUCCCCUGGCUUUGACCUGCCCUCUUUUGCUGAGGCCACCGGCUGUUCAUCCUGAGAGUUGGGUGCAACCAAGACCCCUUCCUCUCAGAACCGUGAAGCAUUUGUUCCAGGCUCUCCAGAGACCACACCCAGUUCACGUGCGUGCGUGUGUAAUUUUUGCUUCAAGCUCAGCGACAGGACCUGCCCCAUACCCCCUCCUUACCCCUCUGUGAGGAGUUAUGGGAGGGGGCUUCUCUCCAGCAGAAGAGAAGGAUGGGAUGUUAUGACGUCACCGUGAUCUGGGACGAAGGCCACCCCAGCCGUGUCUGAAGGGCCCCAGCCUUGAAGCGGCCCUCAGCCACCGCAGUUAGAUGUUUAUGGCACCAGAGGUCUGUAUUAAGGUAGCUGUCUGUUGCUAGGCAGCUGUUUGCACAAAUCUUGGACAUAAAUCCAACUUGAGGAUCAA